CCUCUUCAGUAGCAGUUUGAUUGGCAGAGCUGUGUAGGGCUCUAGGCCUGGAAGUCAGCUUCAGCUCCCAAGUCUGCAGCCGCCGGGCAAGUGACUCAACUUCGGUCACUCAUCGCCUAGGUCGCCGGAGCCUAGCGAGGACGGGCAGGGCAGCUUCGACUGCAUCCAGGCGCUUCAGUUGCACCUGGUUCCAUCGCACCCCUAUCCACGACCUCAGUCGAGCAUGUUCUCCAGGGCCCAGGUGAGGCGAGUUCUGCAGUGGGUACCCGGGAAGCAGCGAUUCGGCCUCUACAGGUUCCUGCCCUUCUUUUUUAUCCUGGGAGGAACGAUGGAGUGGAUCAUGAUUAAAGUGCGCGUGGGCCAGGAGACCUUCUAUGAUGUCUACCGAAGAAAAGCUUCAGAAAGACAGUAUCAGAAAGGCUGGACGAACGCAGAUGAGACUUAACUUCAGCAAUCAAUAAAACGAAUAUGAAUUUCAUUAGUUUUUUAAAAACUUUUAUUUUUCAUUAAUUUUGUUUAAAAAAAAAUUUUUUUUCAUACAUGUAUAUAGGGUAAUAAUGUCUGUUUCAAUCUACCGUCCUUACCAUCCCUGCCCACUCCACUCCUCCCUUCAUUUUUUUCUUCUCCUUUAAAAAUGUACUCUUCAGGGCUGGGGAGAUAGCUCAGUUGGUAGAGUUGUGAUGCAAGCAUAAGUCCCUGGGUUCAAUCUCCAGCACUGCA